AUGGGCCCUUCCAAGUACCACGAUGCCGAACACAAGAUCAUCCACUCGCAGCAAUUCAUCCUCGUGCGGAGCUUCACCGACCUCAUGUUCGGCAGAAAGACGGCCUCUUUCACGAAUGGUGGCAUGGUCAUGUUCUGCUCCACGGGAUCCAACAGCCCCGCCUAUCCGAGCUUCAAACUACUCCUCGAUAAGGUACGCGCCCAGGCUCGAGGGUUGUCCACGACAUCUCCCGAUUUCCCGCUCCCCAGGCCUUUCAGCAAGCCUGAUCAGCGCGUGCUUGAUCUCUUCGCUGGGGCAGAAGGCGUGAAAUUGGUCGACCUCAAAGGUUUGACCGUCCCCGAAUCCAAGGGCUAUCUGGAGUAUUUUGCCAAAAGCGGACUCCUCAAGGCCAAACUCGACGAUGCAAAAGUUGCCGAAUUGAGGGGGUUCAGCGCUGGAGGUAUCGUGGGAGAGUUGGCAAAACUGGGAAGCCGGAUCAGAACUUAG